CAUAUACACAGGUUUACACGCUUACGCCAAAAAGACAUCAAAAAGUGCUAAUCUUUGGACCAUACUCUUCACUGCACAACUCUCUUGUAUUGCCUUGGUCUAUCUUUUUCAAGAUAAAUGGUCUUAUAUCCAAAGCCAAGCUACCUUUAACAGAAAUCAAUCCGUUGAUCAUAACAGCAACAUCUCAACCGCAGAGACUGGCCAUGGAUACGAGGUCGAAGAGAGUAAACCGGAGUUAGAGAAAUGCUAAAAGCGCCAAGCUAAGAAGCUAUUAGUAAUUUGGUCUUACUUUGAGAGAUUGUUUUCUAGGAGACAAAAAGAGUUUCAAAGAGCCAAUAGACAUAUAUAUCACACAAACACAUCAUAUAUAUGCCGAUAUAUAAAAACCAAAGGCACACAAGAAAAUAAAAUUAAAUCACACAAUUCUUCUUCUUCACCAAACCACAAACGUUGACAACUUGUGUGAGUUUUUGCAAUGAUGAGAGGUGCUGCUCCCACCGGAGUAGUAUCGGUCAUGGUUUUAAUGAUACUUGUGUUGUUAAAACAAAUAGAGAGUGCUAGUGCGAAUGGUUCAUCAUUAGGGCUACCACCUAGAAAGUUUUGUAAUAUUUAUCAAGGAAGUUGGGUCUAUGACAAAUCUUACCCUCUCUAUGAUUCCAAGAAUUGCCCUUUCAUCGAGAGACAGUUUAACUGCAAGUCCAAUGGUCGCCCUGACAGCGAGUACCUCAAGUAUCGAUGGCAACCUUCCGGUUGCAAUCUCCCCAGAUUCAACGGCUUAGAUUUUCUGGGAAGGAUAAUGAAAGGGAAGAAACUGAUGUUCGUAGGAGAUUCACUGAGUCUAAACCAAUGGCAAUCUCUCACGUGUUUGCUCCACAACGCCGCACCAAAAGCCAAUUCCACAUCCACACGUUCCCCUUCUGGCCUCUCCGUCUUCUCAUUCCCCGCUUACAAUUCUUCGAUUAUGUUUUCAAGAAACGCGUUUCUUGUGGAUAUAGUCGGAGCCCCACCGAAGCGAGUGAUGAAGCUUGACUCAAUCUCGAGUGGUUCGUUGUGGAAAACCGCAGACGUUUUGGUCUUCAACUCUUGGCAUUGGUGGCUUCACACAGACCGAAAACAACCAUGGGACGCAAUUAUGUCCGGGAAUGUAACGGUUAAAGACAUGGACCGGUUAGUGGCAUAUGAGAAAGCAAUGAUGACUUGGGCUAAGUGGAUUGAUCAAAAUAUUGAUCCUUCCAAAACCAAAGUCUUCUUCCAAGGUAUUUCUCCGGACCAUGGCCGGGCAAGGGAAUGGUCGAAACAAGGUGGCAAAGGCAGUUGCAUAGGAGAAACAAAGCCGAUUAUGGGAUCGAGUUACCUGGCUGGGCCGCACGCAGCCGAGAUGGUGGUGGCGAAAGUGAUAAAGACGAUGAAGAAUCAGGCGCGGUUAAUGGAUGUGACAUUGAUGUCUCAGCUAAGGAAAGAUGGACAUCCUUCAGUAUACGGUUUUGGCGGUCACAGAAUGGCGGAUUGUAGCCAUUGGUGUCUCUCUGGAGUCCCGGAUAGCUGGAACCAGCUCUUGUAUUCUGAGCUGUUUCAUUCUUAAAAUUUUGAUGGUUUUGACACAAAACUAAAUUCAUUAUAUGAUUUAUACAUUUAUUUAUGACCUAACCAUGUUUGUGUUGUUUUACACAUUUAUUUUAUGUCAUAAACAUGUUUAUUUAGAAUUUC